AUGGGUGGACACCACAAUCCGAACAAAAGAGAAGUCAAGAUCUUCAGAGUCGUGUCCCCAAACAUCGCCAAAUUUGAUAUCGAUAAGGUUGAUACGCCCAAAUUUCGGGAGAUUCGUGCCAUGGUUUUGAUUUCUAAACCUAUUAUUUGUGGUCGCAAUGAAACCUGUAAAUGUUGUCCGUGUGACAUUAGCUCAUUCUGCGAACAACUCCAAGAGAGUCAAAACGAACCUUCCAUGGCGUCGUUUUGUGAUGAUCCUCUUUGGGAUCUCAAUGUGACUUGGUACACGGACAAUCCCGAUUUCACCACCUGUUUCCAUCAAACCGUCCUCGUCUAUGUUCCCCUGGGGCUUUUACUCGGGCUCCUGCCCGUGGAAUUCAUCUACAUUCGGAGAUCCAAGGAUCGGAACAUUCCCUUCACGAUUCUGAACCUGACCAAGAUUGUGCUGAAUCUGAUCCUCAUAGCUCUGCCCAUCAUUGACUUGUUCUACGUCAUUAACCACGAUGCUGCUUGGGUUCAUUUGGUGGCUUCCAUCAUUCGAUUGAUCACUUUCGUGGUCACAUUGGCGGUAUUGUUCAUGUGCUUGCGACGCGGUCUUGUCACUUCGGGGGUAUUAUUCUACCUAUGGACUUCACUUCUCGUGGCGGAUGGUCUGACGUUUCGGUCUGUAAUCAUGUCUGGAUUGGCCAAGGGACCUAACGCAAUGACUCCUUUCAUCACUGCUUUAAUACAAUAUCCGAUCAUCGUGGCCAUGUUCUUUUUGAAUUGUUGGGCUGAUGCCCAACCCAAGCAAAUCAACUUUGAUGAUAAUUUGUCCAAUAUUGUCCCUGAGAAGUACUCCUCGCAUAUCUCUAAAAUGCUCUUUGGGUGGGUGGAUCCACUCAUGCUCAAAGGUUGGAAGACCACUUUAAAACAGUCUGAGCUUUGGUCAUUGAAGUUUAACAACAGAUGUGCUGGUGUAAUCCCAAGUUGGGACAAAUCAUGGGAGAAUCAGGUGAGGAACGCCAAUGGAAAGACCAUCUCCAUCCUUCCCACUUUGAUUCGAGCCUUCGGUCCGGCCUAUUUCUUGUCUUCCAUCCUUAUGUUUAUAUUGAGCAUUCUGCAGUUUGCCAGUCCUCAAAUUGUCGACUUGCUCAUUGCCUUCGUCUCGUCGGAUGAUCCUAACUGGAAGGGUUAUUUCUACACAUUCCUUAUUGUGGGAUCCACCUUGACUGUUUCGGUUUUGAACUCGCAGAGUUUUUAUCAAGAAUACUUAGUUGGACUCCGAGUACGAACAGCCUUGAUUUCUGCCAUCUAUCGGAAAUCGUUAAGGUUGUCGAAUUCAGCUCGGAAAGAAAUGACCGUUGGAGAAACCACUAAUCUAAUGCAGAUUGACACACAGAAGUUCAUGGAUCUGACCUUGUACUUAAACUUGAUAUGGUCGAGCCCGCUACAAAUUGGAUUGUCUCUCUACUUUCUCUGGGGAACUUUGGGAGCCUCAUCUCUGGCCGGUUUGGCUGUGAUGAUUUUAUUGCUUCCCUUGAACGCAUUGAUAGCCUCCAGGCUAAAGAAACUGCAGAUCUCUCAGAUGAGAAGCAAGGACAAACGGACCAAACUCAUGGACGAAAUCUUAAACGGCGUCAAGAUCUUGAAACUCUACGCUUGGGAGACAUCUUUUCAAAGGCAAGUCCUACAGAUCCGAGAACAAGAGGUUAAAGCUUUGAAGGUGAUUGCGUACUGGAACGCUGGGAUGACGUUUCUGUGGACUUGUGCCCCUGUGGUCAUCGCACUGGCCUCUUUUGGAACGUUCGUCCUCAUUGAUCCCAAGAACAUACUGGAUGCCAACACUGCUUUCGUCUCGUUGACUCUCUUUAAUCUUCUGAGAGUCCCAAUGAAUCUACUUCCCAUGCUUAUGGUGUACGUGGUUCAAUGUCAGGUCUCAUUGAAACGAGUCAAUCGAUUCAUGAACGCUGAGGAACUUGAUCCCAACACGGUAUCUCAUAGCAAGCAUGUAAAAGACGCCAUUCAUAUUGAUAACGCGUCGUUUACUUGGGAUCGAAGUGGCGAGCCAACCGUGAAGAACAUUAGCCUGAAGAUCAAAGAGGGAUCUCUGGUGGCAAUUGUGGGACAGGUUGGAGCGGGCAAAUCAUCACUGAUUUCAGCCAUGAUAGGAGAAAUGGAGCGGACCCAAGGCAGCAUCAACACGAAGGGCAAGAUUUCCUACGUCCCUCAGCAAGCGUGGAUCCAAAAUGGAACACUCCAGUACAACAUCGCAUUUGGUAACAGGUUCAGCAAGAGCCUCUAUAACAAGGUCAUUGACGCUUGCGCUCUGCGUCCCGAUUUGGAAAUGCUACCCGGGGGAGAUCAGACUGAGAUCGGCGAGAAAGGUAUCAAUUUAUCUGGAGGUCAGAAGCAACGCGUGAGUAUGGCUCGUGCCACCUACAAUGGAGGCCAGCUCUUUUUCUUGGACGAUCCCUUGUCCGCUGUCGAUUCGCACGUGGGAGCUCAUAUCUUCAAACACGUGAUUGGACCUGAGGGCAUCUUAAAAAACAAGACGAGGAUCUUGUCCACUCAUAGUGCCAAAUAUCUGCCUCAGUGUGACAACAUUGUCGUGCUGAAGAACGGGGAGAUCAAUGAGAUUGGCACCUACAGGGAACUCCUACGAGACGAUGGCGAGUUCGCAGAAUUUCUCAUUCAGUACUUGACGGAGGAGAGUGACAAAGACGAAGAGGAGGAGGAUGAGGUCUUGGAGAAUCUCAAGCAAGAACUUGAAGUUGUCAUGGGUAAAGAGAGGUUCCAUCGCCAGCUGAGCUAUGCCAAGUCUCAGAAAUCAGAGAGCAAUCCAUCCAUGAAGAGUGGAAUGACCGGAACCAAGAGAGAACGAUCCAGGCGAACACGAAAGGAAUCGGUUAUGACCGACAUUGAGAGCAUCAAAGAUCAUAUUAUUAAACCAGGCACCCACUUGAUCGAAGAUGAGAGGGCAGCCAUUGGAGGGGUCAAGUGGACCGUUUAUGGCUAUUAUUCGAGGUCAGUGGGUCCACUAAUGUUGGGCAUCUCGCUCCUUCUCUAUGGGGGCUAUCAAGGGUUCUCAGUUGGAAGCAGUAUUUGGCUCUCCCGGUGGUCUACAGACCCCUUAGCAUCAACGGACACAAGCGUGAGGGAUUUAUAUUUGGGGAUCUACGGCGUCUUUGGUCUGUUGCAAGCCGCAUUCAUCAUGACGGGAACGGUGUUCCUCUCCAUAUCGUGCUUAAAUGCCGCAAUCAAGCUCCAUGCCACCAUGUUGCAACGAAUCCUCCGGUCCCCGAUGUCGUUUUUUGACACCACUCCCUUGGGUCGCAUUUUAAAUCGAUUUUCCAAGGAUAUCGAUAUUGUCGACAUCACCAUUCCCCAAAUUCUCCGAUCCUUGUUGGUUCAGAUCUUGACGGUUCUGGGCACUAUUUUUGUGAUCUGCUUCGCUAACCCUUUGUUCAUUGUCGUGAUCGUUCCAGUUUUCGUGAUCUAUUACUUCGUACAAAAAUUUUAUGUGGCCACAGCUCGACAAGUGAAGCGCAUGGAAUCGAUUACUCGGUCGCCAAUUUAUAGCCAUUUUGGAGAAACCAUCAGUGGAGCCUCCACCAUCCGAGCCUAUGGAGUCAAGGACAAAUUUAUUGAAGAGAACGAGUCCAAAAUUGACAUUAACCAGCAAUGCUACUACCCAACGUUCGUUUCCAAUCGAUGGUUGUCCAUUCGUCUGGAAUGUAUCGGAAACUUGAUCAUCCUUUUUGCCGCCUUGUUCACCGUCAUCUCUCGGAACAAACUUGAUCCUGGCCUGGUGGGAUUAACUCUUAGCUACGCGUUGACCAUCACCAACUCGAUGAGUUUUCUCGUCUCAAUGACUUCGGAAAUCGAGACCAAUAUGGUUGGAGUGGAGCGCAUUAUGGAGUAUCAAGAAAUCAUUGAGGAGGCUCCUUUGGAAAUCCCAGAACAAGAUCCCCCUGCGAAUUGGCCUCUCUUCGGGGUGGUCAAGUUUGACAACUAUCAAACUCGCUAUCGCGAAGGACUGGACCUCGUGUUGAAGGGUAUUGAUUGUCACAUCCAAAGUGGGGAAAAGGUCGGGAUUGUCGGUCGAACUGGAGCUGGUAAAUCCAGUUUAACUCUAGCGUUGUUCAGAAUCAUUGAGUGUGCCGGAGGAGCAAUUCUGAUCGAUGGGCAAAAUAUUGCUCUCAUGGGGCUGCACAGGCUUCGUUCCCGAUUGACGAUCAUCCCACAAGAUCCAGUUCUAUUCUCAGGCUCGCUCCGGAUGAAUUUAGAUCCCUUUGACCAAUAUAGCGACAAGGAAAUUUGGCAAGCCUUGGAACACGCCCACUUAAAGGCGUACGUGUCGAAUCUACCCAAAACCCUGCUGUUUGAAGUGAACGAAGGCGGCGAGAACUUGAGCGUGGGUCAACGGCAAUUGGUCUGCUUGGCUCGAGCUCUCUUGAGAAAGACGAAGGUUCUGAUCUUGGACGAGGCCACAGCCGCCGUGGACUUGGAAACGGACGACCUCAUUCAAGCCACGAUUCGAUCGGAGUUUUCAGAUUGCACGGUGCUCACCAUUGCUCAUCGGUUGAACACCAUCAUGGAUAGUUCCAAGGUCAUAGUUUUGGAUGCAGGCCGAGUGAUCGAGUUCGAUACCCCGGCCAAUUUACUGAAAAACUCCAAGAGUGUCUUUUACGGAAUGGCUGACGAAUCUGGAUUGGUCCCCAAGCCGGAUCUGAUGAAUUUUGAAAAUCUUCAGAAUGUCAAAGAAUGAAAUGACGAUGAGGAAGUGUAGAAAAAAGGUCUCACCCAAAUGAGACAAAUGGCCAAGUGCAAUUCAUUCACUGCAUGCAAGAUGCAAAGGAAAACUAAAACGCAUGAAUACGCAAUAAAAACAAGUAAUGGCAUUCGGGUGUUGCACAAACACGCCAUGAAUGGCUGA